UGCCUUACUUCUCGUCUUCUCGGAUCAUGAUUAGUUACAAGCGUUCACGUAUAUCCAAGAGAGGUGUAGAGCUGCAUAUAUCUAUCGCCCUGACCUUCUCCCUUCUUAUCUCUCUAUUGCUACAGAGGGUGGCAAUGGCAGUCCUACCCAUGUCCGUCCAAAUGAAUCCACCGCCACCACCUCCGGUUUCAUCUCCGAUGGCUGCCUGGCAAGAGCAGCAGCAGCUCCAGUACGCCGGCAACGGCUUCGAGCUCAGCGGCAAGAUCAUGAUGAGCGCCAUCAUCGCCCUCUUCUUCUUCCUCCUCUUUUUCAUUGUUUUCCACGUCUACACCCGCGUGUUCCUCCAUCGUCAGUCUUCCCGUUCUCUCCUAGACCUCUCCGACCACCGCAGGUACCAUCACCACCACCGUCGUCGGCGCCCUCCCAACUUCGUUUUCACCUUCUCCGGCCCCGACCCAUUGGCCCCCUCUACCGGACAGACGCCCCAAGGCCUCGACCCCGCCGUCCUCUGCUCCCUCCCUUCCUUCGUCUUCUCCUGCCUCGCCCACCAGGGCGGCCUCGAGUGCUCCGUCUGCCUCUGCGAGUUCGAGGAGGGGGAGAAGGGCCGAGAGCUCGGCGACUGCGGCCACUGCUUCCACAUUGACUGCAUCGACCUCUGGUUCCAGUCACACUGCACGUGUCCUCUCUGCAGGGCUGAAGUGAAAUCCCCGCCGUCCGUUGCCUCUGCUCCCGGCGACGCGGAAUCGUUGGGGACCGUUACCUUGGGCGCCGCCGUCGAGUGCACGGCUUCGGACGAGGAGCUUUCGGAGGGAGUUCGCCACGAACAAGAAGCAGCGGAGAUUGAGACCCCCGAAUCUGCGAAGCCGUCUCCUCCUCCGCCGCCGCCGCCUGAGGGUCGGUUCGUGGGGCUGAGGAAGAUCCUCAGCCGGGACAGAUGGGUUGGAUCUUCUAGCGAGUUCGUACCCAACGAAGUCGAUCUCGAAGUUGGCGGCUGCGACCCGCAAGGCCAUGAGGUGAAACGGUAAAAACUGUAAAAAUUUCGUGGGAAAAGAAUCUGAUACUUUUUUUCAAUUCGGAUAUUCAAUCGGGCCCAAUUCAACGGCCUUAUCGUUUUCUGCUGUAAUUAUAACUUGUUUUUGUAUAAUACGGUUUGUUUUUCCAAA